AUGGGCUCCUCUAGGCCCAGCUUGGGCCUCCCGGCGGCCUCUGCAGGCCCAAAUCGUCCUGAAAGGCCUGGCCUCUACCUCACAGUGGGCCCUCCAGGCCCACCUCUUGCCUGGCGCCGUGGCCUCCUCGGGCCAGGCUCCCGCCUCUGGGUGGCCUCCGCAGGCCCAGCUCCUGCCUCCCGGAGGCCAAGCUGGGACAUCACGGCAGCGUUUCGCGGCCUAGCAUUUGCUCCUUUGCAUCCGCUCCAGGCCCUGGACUUCCUCCAGUCAGCCUCUCCAGGCCCAGCUCUUCCUCCUGGCGGCCUCUGCAGGCCCAGACUGCCCUUGAGUCGGUCUCUCAGGGCCAGCUCCAGCCUCCCGGCGGCCUCUGCCGGCCCAAGUCGUCCUCAAGUUAGCCUGGAAGUGGGCCUGGAAGAGCUGCAAGUCAGCCUCCCGGGCCCAGCUCCGUCCUCUUGGCGGCCUCUCCAGGUGCAAAACUUCCUCAAGUCAGCCUCUCCAGGCCCAGCUCCUCCUGCCUCCCAGUGGCCUCUUUCGGCCCAGCCCAGCUCAUGGCUCUCAGCGGCCUUCCCUGGCCCUGCUUUUGACUUUCGGUGGCCUCUUCAGGCCCAGAACUUGACCUCCAGUCGGCCUUUGCAGGCCCAGCCUCCUGCCUCCCAAAGGCCUGCACGGGCCCGGCCUCGGCCUCACAGCGGACUCUCCACACCCAGCUAG